AUUUAAUGCAGUGCCACUAAGACUCCCGUCCGCUACCCUAUAUGUGCCGAUGCGAUGAUAUUCCCGUCAUAAUUGGAGAUGAAUAACCGUAAUUAUAUCCUGAAUAUUUUGGAUUGAUUGUUACAGUUAAAAUAACCAAUGUUCAUUAUUUAUACUUUACCAAUCAGGCUCUGUUGAGACGUUAAAGGCAGCGUUCAUCACAUGUUACGUCGACGGACAACUCCCAGCGUCACCACGCGAAGCUCCGCUGCAAUCUCUGCCAUUACACCUCCAACCUCGCAUUUAGCCCAGUAAAGGGAGUCAAAAUGUACACGGUCCAAACAGUUGAAUCACUUUUACAACAUCUUCUUCGGAUACCACCUUCACAAUGGAUCCAAUUGUUUUUCCUUUUGGCGGCAGGGGGCAUAGUACUACUCCACGCCCUUCCGCGUAGCUUGCGCGAUCAGCUUAUGGAAUACGGUGCCAGGGCAGAUAAUUCUGCGCAAGGGGAUAAGGCAACCGCGAAGGAUGAUAAGAAUGCGAUAGAAAAGGUUCUACAUGGCAUGAUCAAGGUCAGCCGUGUGCCGCAUUCCUGGUUCUGGCACUUUUACGUGCUAUCGGUGGCAACUUCGGUGUUUUGGGCAUGGCAAAUCCUCACCCGAGGUACAGUUCUGAAGCUCAUUGUCGAGAGACAAGCUGCUCUUUUGGAAAAUACGGCGGCUGCAACGGAAGCUGAUAGAGCGGCAAAUCUUGGACGACUCUUUGUAGCUUGGACGAUGAUGUUCAUGCAAGGAUCACGGAGAUUCUAUGAGUGCAUGUUUGUGCUGAAGCCAGGCAAAUCUGGCAUGCUGGUGGCACAUUGGGCACUUGGAUUGCUGUUUUACGCUUUCAUAGGGGUGUCUCUGUGGAUUGAGAAUUCCGCUUCAGUUCUGGACUUCUGGGUAACAGGGUGCCAGGCGAAUAUCACUAGUCCUAGAGUGGCCGUCUCUAUUGCUAUUUUCUUGUAUGGCUGGGUAAACCAGUAUCUAUGCCACAAGCACCUGGCGAGCUUGCAAAAGUACACGCUGCCCAGCGAGGGCUUGUUCCGAUAUUUGGUCUGCCCGCAUUACACAUGCGAGUGUCUGAUAUAUCUCUCCUUGGCCAUAGUGUCCGCUCCCCAGGGUAAACUGGUGAAUGUGACGGUGCUGACUGGCGUUUUGUUUGUCGCAGUGAAUCUGGGCGCUACUGCCAUUGGCACCAAGGAAUGGUCAAUGGCCAAGUUUGGCAAAGAAAAUGUGAAGAGGAAAUGGGCCAUGCUUCCGUUCAUUCUUUAGUCUAAUAGACUCAUUUACCGUCUAAACAGGCCGCCUAGUUUGGCCCCUAAAGUCGACACUGCUAAUACAUCGCGAUAUGUAAGGCUCGUCCGCAGCUGGCGUACGUUAACACCGUCUUGAAAGCCUUGGGGGCGUCCUAAGAGCUCCCAAUUUACGAUAUCUUCAGAUGAUAUGUCUUCGUCUUGUUCGAUGUCGGAAAUGCCAUGCAAGAAAUCGGUGUACAACGAGUCUGUUGUGAUGAGCAGGCUUCGUGGUUCCUGUAGAAUGCGCCACGUGGGAUCGGCCGCUACGGCUCCGUCUCCCUUACUUUUGUAUAUCCCUAGGCACAAGCUUGAUCCGAGACUGACGGUACAAACUACAGGCCAGUAUGCGGCUCCGUCCUAGAUGCGUGUGAGUUCCUGGCCCAAGACAUAUCUGUGGUCGUGCGAGCAUGUGUAUACCUUAUGGGGCAUGAUGCCCACACCUGGCGGAUAUUCGUUAAUAAGAACAUGAUUGGGUCGUUUAUGGGGGCUUUGGUCAAAUAAAUGCUGAUCGUUUUGUUCUGAUGUCGCCAUAGAACGGAUUCGUGAAAUGACUGGCUCCUCGAGCCAGUUGGGCAGCGGUGCUUCGACCAGCUUGUUGUUUACUAGGUCAGACGGCCAAGUUUGUAAUCUCCGAUGUGUUAAUUGCUUCCAUCGAGGCUUUGGCGCCGUUUGGAUCUACGCAGAGCAUCAGCAGUCUUAUCUCAGACGACGGCUAUCUUCAGUUGACCAGUCAAACCUUCUCUAGGAUUUGCUGCUCUUCCUCCUCACUAAUGAAGUUCGGAAUAUAGUACGCUGUAGAGGGCAAUUUCGAUAUCCGACAUUCUUCUAGCGAUGUAGGUAGCGCUGUUGUAGCCAUAAUCGCGAUGUCCGGUUCGAUACCAGCAAUGAUGCAGGUCUAGGCAUGGUUUGUGUCGUGGCUUACAACUGACAGAGCUUGAACGUGGCCAGGACCCACCAAGGUUGUAUUGUACUGGCGGCCAUGCUCAAGUUCUACGCUUGCUUCUGGAUCGGUGGACAAGUGCUUGAGACAAGACUACGUUGUGGGGUCGAAACACGUUAUUCGAAAGGUUUUACAUGAGUCUGAAAUACCUUGAGAGUGGUGUACGAAUAUACUGUCGCCAACAAAGAUGCUUUGACUCCGGCAUAUGCUGUUGCGAAAUAGUCACGUCGCGGCGGAGAGCAAGGUGUCAUUUGUUGAUGGCAGCUUGCAACCCGUAAUGUGACGUUUCGCCUUCUUGUUCAUAAACAAAUCCUCUCGACAACGGCAUCCUGGCAUGAGCGGUUCAUGGCCGUCAACGCGGCGCAACAAUGUUGAGUACCACUCGCAUGCACGAGGUGCCAUUUUGUAGAUUCGUCCCCAGCUCGAAACUCAUAGUGGACAGCGUGCGCCGGUCUGCAUAUCCCAUCCCACUUAUAGACGGGGUCUUUGUUUUUGCUAACAGGGGUGUUGAAUGAAGGCGCCAGAAGCUCUCCAUAAGUUGCGCCCCAAGCUCGAGAGCGUGGGACUGGGACAGCGAGGUCCUGGCAAUGUUAGCAGUGCACGACUCAACCUAGCGUGUAGUGUAGCAUUAUCGUCACGCAUGCAACGUAUAUGUCGCCCCUGUCGGAGUCAUGUAAUGACAUAGCCGCAACUAAAUUCUCAAAUACUGGAAAACGACGAUGUAGUAGGAGACGUCAACUUUGCUUGAGCGGAGGUGAGGGUGGGGGGAGAAAGGUUAACAGCAGAGACACGAGC